GGCCCCAGACUCAUCAGUUCGCAUACCGGCGGGGCUGAUGGAGCAUUUCGCAUGUGCAGAGCAGAUAAACUCCGGAAUUAGCUGUCUCUUUAAACCAAGCUCCUCUCCGUUCGGCUUGGUGCUAGGCAUCAUGGUGCCAUCUCUCAGCGUCUGGUGUUUGCCCAAGUGGCCUUGGCUGGUAUUUGAGAUAUUGUGGCCUAGUGGUUAGAGCAGGGACUGAGCGGCAGGACUCUUGAGUACUAAUCUCGACUUCAACAGUCACUUGCUGCAUGACCUUGGGCAACUCACUUAAUCUGUCCGGAAAAGGGGUGGGGAGGUAUCAUGAUACCUUGCUCCCCUGACGACUAGAUGGGAUAGAACCUGGGGCUUCCCUCUCAUUCUAGGGUCCCCUCAUCAGGGCUUCGCUCUUCCCGGGCUCAAGGGAUCUCAAAACAUGCUUAACAAAGCAAGGGUGUGAACCAGCAUGGCCGUUGCUUAACCCACUGCAGCCUUGAGCACCAAAAGUUAGAGUCGGCUAUUGAUUCAUAUUAAUGGCAUGGGUCGCCGCACCUCCUGGCCCUCAGGGAAAUCUGGUUUGGUACCCGAUACCUCAGUGAGGGUGGCAGGAUCUGGUCUAUCCCUUCAUCACCUUUGAUUUAAACAGGGCAAAUAACAUGGUGACGGAAGGCUUGGUGGAUUUCAUCCUGUCCAUCCCAUUCUUAAGCUGGUCUUGUCUAUCUGAAAUGUUAGGAGACAGACAUAAGAACCUGUCAGGUUCCAUCAGCCUAGGAUAUGGUUUCCAGGGCUCUGUCCACUCCCAGACGUUUCUACCACUUCCCCUGCAGAGAUGGUUCCAUGUUACGAACUCUUCCCAAUAUAACUCAGAAGCAGCUUCUGUAGUUCCUCACACGUAUAGAAUUGGACAGAAAUAAACAUUCAUGGUUUUUUGGGUUGGUUAUUUUUUUUGUUUACUUUUUUCUCCCCCUAAGUCCUGAAAUUUCAUAGAAACAUCAAAAUCCCACCCCGCGAUCUAGAACUGGACAAAUUUACAGAUUUAAUCCAAAUUUUGUUUGGGUAGAAUAUUGAAAUUUUGACCCCAAAAGCCCUUGGUUGAAAGUUGGAUCAUUUUGACCAGCUCUACCCCAUUCUCUUAUGAAGCUGCAGCAGCCACCGUGUCUGCUCUUGUCCCUUCCUGUUGUCUUUUGCUCUUCAUCACUGUUGUUGGAUUUGGUGCCUUCAGUGUAGCAGUCUUGUAAGGAACGCCCUGCGGCAGUUGGCAGUGUCAGUAGUGAUAAUCUCUGGUGAAGCUAAGCUCCUGGGUGAAUGGCUUUGUACAGGUUGGACCUCCUAGCACUGGUUUCUCCUUUCUUUACUUUUCUGCGUUACCUUUUAGGUGUUGAGAAGCCAAAUGAGAUGCCCCCAGUGAUGCCGGCAGCACUCCCUUCCCUGAGCGACCUCCCCUUGAUCGCACCUUGAGAUGUCCUCCCUGAGUCCCCUGGCCAACGGAACAACGCUGGACCAUGAAGUCCCCCAGUGCUGUGAUCUGCAGGGAGAAGCCGGCUCUGAAUGUUUACCCUUAUGGCUCUGAACAGGAUGGCUGGGAAGAGGCCAGGGAUGAGGACGUGAACUCAGCCCAGAUCAACUGCACCAUAAACCACCUGGAGCAAGCUGGUUGGUACUGGGGUCCCCUCACAGCAGCAGAGGCCAGACGCGUUCUCUGCCCUGCCCUGGAAGGCUCCUUCCUGAUGCGCGACAGUUCCAGCCCAGACAACCUGCUCACCCUGUCGGUCAAAACCUCUGUCGGGCCCACCCACAUCCGGAUCUGCUACAGCGCCGGCCGCUUCGGCUUCGACUCGUCCGUCCUGGCCAAGCCCAAGCUUCAGAGCUUCAAGGACGCCAUGGCCUUGGUCCAGUUCUACUCCCUGGCCUCGCUGAAGCAAGCCGAACGGCUGGGGCCGUCGGAGCAGGAGACCACGUCCGUGUCCAAGGAUCCGGCCAUCCACCUGAAACUGAUCAAGCCCCUGUAUGUCUCUGUGCCGGCUUUGCAGCACCUGUGCAGGCUAACUAUCAACAGGAGCACUCGGCAGGUCUCGGCCCUGCCCUUGCCUGUGAGGCUCAAGGACUACCUGCUGAAGUACCCAUACGUGCUCUGAGAGUCCCCCCCCCCCCGCCACCUUACUCACCUUUCCAUCCUACCCUGGCAAAACAUGGUGCUCUCCCUGCAACCCACGCUGAUCCAGCACCAGCACUGAUGGCCUCCAAAGGGUCCCUGGCGUUGCUCAGCUGGAGAGCUGCAGUACGUGGCCUCGGGGUCAGGUACAAGUGUGAGGAACUGAGCGAAAGGCAGGGAUCUCCGGAGCUCAGAUCGAAGCAGGCCGGGGGCAGAAAGCGUGUUUGUUUUUUGUUUUUUUUUCAGGCUCUGUCUGGCUCUGUCGUCCCUAGCUAGGGCCGCUAAUAAAAAUUCAUUGUACUAUU